UUUUCGAAAAUUUUCUGCCGAGUGCAGACGUGUCUAACCGUUUCAUCUGGAGAAAUUUAAGAAAAAUUAGGAGAAAGUUGUGCAAAGUUUGUGAUUUUCAGGAACGGAUUUCCCAUUGUACUCACUAUGGGAGAUUCACUGGAGGCGACGGUCGGCAGUAUGGGUAGUGAUCCGCCCCCGUCUGUCGGGGUGGAUGCCGAGUCGGUCGCCAUUAUGGAUUACGAUGGCUUUACCAAUUAUAUCAGGAAGGCCGUGACUAUUCUGCUGCCGGAGGAGGAUGUCGUUCCGGUACCGCUGAAUGCUGCUCUCGAUGAUCCCUCGAACCAGGAGUGCAUCCGCAAGUUUUUGAGCGAUCCGCAAACGCAAGCCCUCUACAUUCAGCGGUCCUGCUUCAAGGACGACGAAAAUGAGCCGCCAACAGAAGGCGAAGAGGAGAAAGAUGCCGUAGCGUACUACAUUAGCAAUGAUGUACACUUCACCAAUCAACGGAUGGCUUCGUUGGUUUGCAUCAAACGGGGAUCGGUGAUCGAAGCAGAUAAGUCGAUUCACUCUCAAAUUCGACUGAUCAACUUCUCCGAAGGCUCUCCUUAUGAGACGUUGCACUCGUUCAUCAGCAAAACUCUUGCACCGUAUUUCAAGAGCUACGUCAAGGAAUCGGGCCGUGCAGAUCGCGAUGGCGAUAAGAUGGCACCCUCGGUUGAAAAGAAGCUCACAGAAUUGGAGAUGGGUCUGUUACAUCUGCAACAAAAUAUCGACAUCCCUGAAGUUACUCUAAACAUAAACGGAACCGUGGCACAGGUCGUGAAGAAAUGCGCCGACGAAGGUCGUAAGGCUAAGAUAACCGACUUUGGCGAUAAAGUUGAGGAUUCCACUUUUUUGAAUACGCUACAAAACGGAGUUAAUCGCUGGAUCAAGGAGAUUCAGAAAGUUACUAAACUGGAUCGUGACCCUUCCUCUGGAACAGCUCUGCAGGAGAUUUCAUUUUGGUUGAAUUUGGAACGUGCGUUACAUCGUAUUCAAGAAAAGCGCGAAUCUCCUGAGGUUGCACUCACUCUGAAUAUUUUGAAACAUGGCAAACGAUUCCAUGCGACCGUUUCCUUCGAUACCGAUACCGGGCUGAAGCAGACUCUUGCGAUGGUGGCCGAUUACAACCCGCUGAUGAAAGAUUUUCCAAUCAAUGAUUUGCUGUCGGCUACCGAGCUGGACAAGAUUCGUCAAGCCGUUCAAUCGAUUUUCAAUCAUCUUCGCAAGAUUCGUAGCACCAAGUACCCGAUUCAACGUUGCCUGCGUCUGAUUGAAGCAAUUUCGCGCGAUCUCAGUCAGCAGCUGUUGAAGGUGCUCGGCACUCGGAGAUUGAUGCACAUUCCGUUUGACGAAUUUGAACGCGUGAUGAAUCAAUGCUUUGAAGUAUUCAGCUGUUGGGACGAUGAGUACGACAAGCUACAGGGAAUUCUACGCGAUAUUGUCAAGAAAAAGCGAGACGAGCACAUCAAGAUGGUGUGGCGCAUUGCUCCAGCGCAUAAGAAGCUUCAGCAACGCAUGGAGCACAUGCGCAAAUUCCGCCGUCAACACGAACAGCUGCGUACCGUGAUCGUUCGUGUUUUGCGCCCAGCUCGCCAGCCUGCGGGAAUAUCCGGCGGUGGAGAUGCCAGCAGCGCGGACGUUAAGCAACCUUACAGUUUGGACACGGCCGACGCAAACGCCAUCGAAGAGGUCAAUUUGGCUUACGAAAAUGUGAAGGAAAUUGAGUGCUUGGACAUUUCCAAGGAAGGUUCCGAAGCUUGGGACGCCGCUAUCAAGCGCUAUGAGGAAAGAAUCGAUCGAGUUGAAACGCGCAUCACGGCUCAUUUGCGUGACCAGCUCGGAACAGCGAAGAACGCCAACGAGAUGUUCCGCAUCUUUUCGCGCUUCAAUGCACUGUUUGUGCGGCCGCACAUCCGCGGAGCAAUUCGUGAGUAUCAAACGCAACUGAUCCAACGUGUCAAGGAUGAUAUAGAAGCUCUGCACGAGAAAUUUAAGGUUCAAUAUCCGCAAAGUAAAAGUUGCCGAUUGUCAAUCGUUCGAGAUCUUCCUCCGGUUGCGGGUUCGAUUAUUUGGGCUCGUCAGAUAGAUAACCAGUUGACCAUGUAUCUCAAACGUGUCGAGGACGUUCUCGGAAAAGGCUGGGAAUCGCACAUCGAUGGACAAAAGUUGAAAGCCGACGGAGAUAGUUUCCGCGCAAAGCUGUCUACUGCGGAAGUGUUUCAGGAGUGGGCUCGUAAGGUACAGGAGCGCAACACCGGAAUCACCGGACGUAUCUUUCUGAUCGAAUCCACUCGUUCUCGUACCGGUCGCGGCAAUACUCUCCGUUUGAGAGUCAAUUUUCUGCCCGAGAUUAUCACCCUGUACAAGGAAGUCCGCAAUCUCAAAAGCUUGGGCUUCCGUGUACCAUUGGCCAUUGUCAACAAGGCUCACCAAGCGAAUCAGCUUUAUCCGUUUGCUAUAUCUCUGAUCGAAAGUGUGCGAACCUACGAACGCACCCUUGAAAAGCUAACAAAUAGGAGUUUAGCACAAAAUUCAGUAUUCAAGAUCGAGGAUCGUGCCAGCAUCAUCCCGCUGGUUGCCGGUUUGCGCAAGGAAGUGCUGGCCCUCAUCUCCGAGGGCAUCGCGCUGGUAUGGGAAAGCUAUAAGUUGGAUCCGUACGUGCAGCGGCUGUCCGAGAACGUGACCUCAUUCCAGGAGAAGGUCGAAGAUUUGCUGGUCGUUGAGGAACAACUGGAUGUCGAUGUCCGUUCGCUGGAGACAUGUCCCUACAGUGCGGCGACAUUUGCUGACAUUUUGUCGAAGAUCCAACAUGCAGUUGACGAUCUAUCGCUCAGGCAGUACUCUAAUUUACAUGUUUGGGUCGCCCGCUUGGAUGAAGAAGUAGAAAAGAAGUUGGCUGCCAGGUUGCAAGCCGGUAUUCAAGCGUGGACCGAUGCCCUCACAGGUAACAAAAAGGAAGUUGAUCUCUCAAUGGAUACAGAUGCACCAGCUCAACCCACAAUUAAGCCAGGUGGUGACCCACAAAUCCAGAGAGCGAUCCACGAAAUUCGAAUUACCAAUCAGCAAAUGUAUCUUUACCCUUCGAUCGAAGAAGCUCGUUUUCAAAUCAUGCAGCAGCUAUUCGCGUGGGAAGCCAUUGUUACAUCCCAAACACGACUACAGAGCUCUCGUUACCAGGUUGGACUGGACAAACCCGUAUCGCAGACCUAUCGGAAUUUGUUGACCAAACUUCCUGGAGGUUCAGAUCCAUUGGAGGGUGGCUAUGCCGCUAUCGAGAACCAGAUCUCCGAGGUUCGCAACUACGUCGACGAAUGGUUGCGUUAUCAAAGUCUAUGGGAUCUGCAAGCCGACACUUUGUACGGUCGUUUAGGUGAAGACAUAAACCUGUGGAUCAAGUGUUUGAAUGACAUCAAGAAGUCACGUACGACCUUCGACACUUCCGAUACCCGCAGGGCUUACGGUCCAAUUGUCAUCGAUUAUGCUAAAGUGCAAGCCAAGGUCACACUGAAAUACGAUUCUUGGCAUAAGGAAGCCUUGAGCAAGUUUGGACAACUGUUGGGCAACGAAAUGUCCACUUUCCAUGGAAAGGUGUCUAAGAGCCGCAGCGAUUUGGAGCAACAAAGUAUUGAAGCUGCCAGCACAUCCGACGCAGUGUGCUUCAUUACUUACGUACAGUCGCUGAAAAAGGAAAUGUUGGUUUGGGAUAAGCAAGUUGAAGUGUAUCGCGAAGCUCAACGUAUUCUUGAACGCCAACGUUUCCAGUUCCCAAGCAAUUGGUUACACGUAGAUAACAUCGAGGGAGAGUGGUCCGCAUUCAAUGAGAUCAUGAAGCGUAAGGAUUCCGCAAUUCAAACGCAGGUUGCCAGCUUGCAGGCCAAGAUUGUUGCCGAAGACAAGGCUGUUGAGUCCCGCACACUGGACUUCUUAAACGAUUGGGAAAAGAAUAAACCAACUGGAGGGCGUACUCGUCCGGAUGAUGCAUUGCAGCAGUUGCAUAUCUUUGAAACCAAGUUCUCGCGAUUGAAGGAAGAACGCGACAACGUCGCCAAGGCUAAAGAAGCCCUCGAACUGCAGGAAUCUGCCAUUCCCAACAAUAGUACAGAGCGAAUGCAUGUUGUGCUGGAAGAGCUUCAAGAUUUACGUGGCGUGUGGAGUGAACUUUCCAAAAUCUGGGCUCAAAUUGACGAAACUCGCGAGAAGCCGUGGUUGUCGGUACAGCCUCGCAAACUGAGACAAUCGCUCGAGGCGAUGAUGAACCAGCUCAAGGAAUUGCCUGCACGUUUGAGAAUGUACGAGAGUUACGAAUACGUGAAGAAACUGUUGCAGAGCUACAUCAAGGUGAAUAUGAUGAUAGUCGAACUGAAAUCCGAUGCCUUGAAGGAACGUCAUUGGAAACAGCUGACGAAACAACUCCGCGUCAGUUGGGUACUAUCUGAUUUGACGCUUGGACAGGUUUGGGAUGUGAACCUUUUGAAAAACGAGUCCAUUGUGAAGGACAUCAUCUUGAUCGCCCAAGGAGAAAUGGCUCUUGAGGAAUUCUUGAAGCAAGUUCGUGAGAGCUGGCAGAACUACGAACUAGAUUUAAUAAACUACCAGAACAAAUGCAGAAUCAUCCGUGGUUGGGAUGACCUGUUCAACAAAGUCAAAGAGCACAUCAACUCAGUGGCUGCUAUGAAGCUUUCUCCAUACUACAAGGUUUUCGAAGAGGAAGCUCUGACUUGGGAGGAAAAGUUGAAUCGCAUCAAUUCAUUGUUUGAUGUUUGGAUCGAUGUUCAACGUCGCUGGGUCUAUCUGGAGGGCAUUUUCUCCGGAAGCGCUGACAUCAAAACAUUACUCCCAGUGGAGACAUCUCGUUUCCAAAGCAUCAGCUCUGAGUUCCUUGGAUUGAUGAAGAAGGUGGCCAAGUCACCGAAGGUCAUGGACGUGUUAAAUAUUCCCGCUGUACAAAGAUCGCUGGAACGUUUAGCUGAUUUGCUUGGAAAGAUUCAAAAGGCACUGGGAGAAUAUCUCGAACGCGAGAGAACAUCGUUUCCACGUUUCUACUUUGUUGGUGAUGAAGAUCUGCUAGAAAUUAUCGGAAACAGUAAGAAUGUUGCCCGCUUACAGAAGCACUUCAAGAAAAUGUUUGCAGGAGUUGCCUCUAUUUUGCUAAACGAAGACAAUACUGUUAUCCUCGGCAUCGCAUCGCGAGAAGGCGAAGAGGUGAAGUUCAUCAAGCCUGUGUCAACGAUCGAGCAUCCGAAGAUUAACGAGUGGUUGACCCUAGUCGAGAAAGAAAUGCGCUUCACUUUAGCUUCCUAUUUGGCACAAGCUGUUCAGGACAUCAAACAGUUCAAGGACCAAAUUGAUCCGCAAAAAUACAUGGAAUGGUGUGAUAAAUACCAGGCGCAAAUUGUAGUACUGGCUGCGCAGAUCCUGUGGUCCGAAGACGUGGAGGCAGCUCUGCAACAGGCUUCCGACAAUCCUGGCAAUAAAUCUCCUUUGAAUCGUGUUUUAGCCACCGUUGAAACAACGCUGAACGUAUUGGCAGAUUCAGUUCUGCAGGAACAGCCACAGCUUCGCCGCAAGAAAUUGGAACAUCUAAUUAACGAAUUCGUACAUAAACGUACCGUAACACGCCGAUUGAUCGCCCAUGGCGUCAACAAUCCCAAGUCGUUCCACUGGCUGUGCGAGAUGCGAUUCUAUUUCGAUCCUCGUCAAACGGAAGUGCUGCAACAGUUGACGAUUCACAUGGCCAACGCACGCUUCUACUACGGCUUCGAGUAUCUCGGCGUGCAGGACCGUUUGGUUCAAACACCGUUGACGGAUCGUUGCUAUCUUACAAUGACGCAAGCACUGGAAGCCCGACUCGGUGGAUCACCGUUCGGACCGGCCGGUACUGGCAAGACGGAAUCGGUUAAGGCUCUCGGUAAUCAGCUGGGUCGCUUCGUGCUCGUGUUCAACUGCGACGAAACGUUCGACUUCCAAGCUAUGGGCCGUAUUUUUGUCGGUUUGUGCCAGGUCGGCGCGUGGGGUUGCUUCGACGAGUUCAACCGUCUGGAGGAACGUAUGUUGUCGGCCGUUUCGCAACAAAUUCAAACCAUCCAAGAAGCGCUCAAGUCCCUCCAGGAAGGCUCAAUGAAGGAUUCCCAGAGUAUUAUUGUCGAACUAGUCGGUAAGCAGGUGCGCGUGUCUACUGAUAUGGCCAUCUUCAUCACAAUGAACCCUGGCUAUGCUGGACGUUCCAAUCUGCCAGAUAAUUUGAAGAAACUUUUCCGUUCACUUGCUAUGACCACUCCCGAUCGCCAGCUGAUUGCCGAAGUAAUGCUGUUCAGUCAAGGUUUCCGUACAGCUGAAAAACUUGCUUGCAAGAUUGUACCUUUCUUCAAACUGUGCGACGAGCAACUGUCCAAUCAGUCUCACUACGAUUUUGGACUCCGUGCGUUGAAAUCGGUGUUGGUGUCCGCUGGAAAUGUGAAGCGUGAUCGUAUCAUGAAGAUUAAGGAUACCAUGAAACAACGAGGCGACGAAACAAUCGAUGAGGCCUCGAUAGCUGAAAAUUUACCCGAGCAGGAAAUUCUAAUUCAAUCGGUUUGCGAAACCAUGGUACCGAAACUGGUUGCAGAGGAUAUCCCACUUCUGUUCUCUCUGUUGAGCGAUGUGUUCCCGAACGUUGGCUACACUCGUGCUGAGAUGAAGGGUCUCAAGGAUGAGAUUCGCAAAGUAUGCGGUGAAGAAUAUCUAGUGUGCGGAGAAGGCGACGAACAAGGUGGCGCUUGGAUGGAAAAGGGAUUCGGUGAAACAUGGGUGGACAAAGUUCUACAACUGUAUCAAAUCUCCAACCUUAACCACGGUCUCAUGAUGGUAGGCCCAUCAGGAUCAGGAAAGUCUACCGCAUGGAGAGUACUGCUUAGAGCUCUAGAACGCUUCGAAGGAGUCGAAGGAGUGGCCCACGUCAUCGAUCCCAAGGCCAUUUCGAAGGAAACAUUGUAUGGUGUUUUGGAUCCAAACACUCGCGAGUGGACCGACGGUUUGUUCACACACGUUCUGCGCAAAAUCAUCGAUAACGUACGUGGCGAAAUCAACAAACGUCAGUGGAUUAUCUUCGAUGGCGACGUCGAUCCUGAGUGGGUUGAAAACUUGAAUUCGGUAUUGGAUGACAAUAAGUUGCUUACGCUUCCGAACGGUGAACGACUGUCACUUCCACCAAACGUUCGAAUCAUGUUCGAGGUCCAAGACUUAAAAUAUGCCACCUUGGCAACAGUAUCGCGUUGCGGUAUGGUUUGGUUCUCGGAAGAUGUUCUGUCUACUGAAAUGAUAUUCGAAAAUUACAUGUCUCGAUUGAAGAACAUUCCAUUGGAGGAUGGAGAAGAAGAGAGUUUCACAACGCAGUCCAAGGCUGCUGAUAAAGAUGACGAGAUGACACCAGCAUUGCAAACGCAGCGUGAAAUUGCCUCCCUGUUGCAGCCGUAUUUCUCUUCAGAUGGAUUGGUCGUACGUUGCUUGGAUUACGCAAUGGGUCAAGAACACAUUAUGGACUUUACCAGACUUCGUGCGCUGAGCUCCCUGUUCUCGAUGUUGAACCAAGGGGCACGAAAUGUACUGAAUUUCAACCAACAGCACCCCGAUUUCCCUGUUCCUCCAGAACAAUUGGAACAGUAUAUUCCGAAACUGUUGAUCUAUUCAUUGCUUUGGUCGUUUGCAGGAGAUGCUAAACUGAAAGUUCGUUCAGAUUUAGGAGACUUCGUACGGAGUGUAACAACUGUCACAUUGCCAGCCCAAUCUGGCAAUCCGAUAAUAGAUUUCGAGGUGACACUGCAAGGUGAAUGGGCUCCGUGGUCCAACAAAGUACCAGUUAUCGAAGUGGAAACGCAUAAAGUUGCUGCCCCAGAUGUGGUCGUUCCUACUCUGGACACCGUGCGUCAUGAGUCGCUGUUGUACACCUGGCUUGCCGAGCAUAAGCCUCUUGUUCUUUGCGGUCCACCAGGUUCUGGUAAAACUAUGACUCUCUUCUCGGCUCUUCGGGCCUUGCCGGACAUGGAAGUUGUUGGUUUGAAUUUUUCAUCCGCCACCACGCCUGAAUUAUUGCUGAAAACCUUCGAUCACUACUGCGAAUAUCGCAAGACUCCGAACGGAGUGGUUCUUGCUCCGGUCCAACUAGGAAAAUGGCUGGUUCUGUUCUGCGAUGAAAUAAAUUUGCCCGAUAUGGACUCCUAUGGUACGCAACGUGUUAUUUCGUUCCUUCGACAGUUGGUAGAGCACAAAGGAUUCUACCGUGUCGCCGACCAAUCGUGGGUUUCGCUUGAACGAAUUCAAUUCGUCGGAGCUUGUAAUCCACCAACCGAUCCGGGUCGUAAACCACUAUCCCAUCGUUUCUUACGGCAUGUUCCCAUCAUCUAUGUGGAUUAUCCGGGAGAGACUUCGCUUAAACAGAUCUACGGCACGUUCAGUCGUGCAAUGUUGCGCCUGAUGCCAAACCUCCGUGGCUACGCUGAACCACUCACCAACGCUAUGGUGGAGUUCUACCUUGCUUCUCAAGAUCGCUUUACACAAGAUAUGCAACCGCACUAUGUUUAUUCCCCGCGUGAAAUGACCCGUUGGGUACGGGGUAUUUGUGAAGCCAUUAGACCGCUGGAUAAUUUGCCUGUCGAAGGAUUGGUUCGUUUGUGGGCUCACGAAGCUCUUCGUCUGUUCCAAGAUCGUCUGGUGGAGGAGUCGGAACGGCGUUGGACAAACGAAAAUAUUGACUUAGUUGCCAUGAAGCAUUUCCCAAGCGUGGAUCGCGAAAAGGCUCUGGAAAGACCAAUUCUGUACAGCAAUUGGUUAUCGAAAGACUACAUGCCGGUAAAUCGUUCCGAAUUGCGAGAUUACGUGAAAGCUCGUCUCAAAGUGUUCUACGAGGAAGAAUUGGACGUUCCCUUGGUGUUAUUCGACGAAGUGUUGGAACACGUACUUCGAAUUGAUCGUAUUUUCCGGCAACCGCAAGGUCAUUUACUGCUGAUUGGCGUUUCUGGAGCCGGAAAAACUACGCUAUCCCGUUUCGUUGCUUGGAUGAAUGGAUUAUCCAUCUUCCAGAUUAAGGUUCACAACAAGUACAAUAGUGAGGACUUCGAUGAAGACUUACGUUGCGUGCUACGGAGAGCCGGUUGCAAGGACGAAAAAAUUGCAUUCAUUCUAGACGAGUCGAAUGUGUUAGAUUCCGGAUUUUUGGAACGUAUGAACACAUUGUUGGCCAACGGAGAAGUUCCUGGAUUAUUCGAGGGAGACGAGUACACAACUCUUAUGACACAAUGCAAAGAAGGUGCCCAACGGGAAGGAUUGAUGUUGGACUCGAGCGAUGAACUGUACAAGUGGUUCACUCAGCAAGUUAUGCGUAAUUUGCAUGUGGUCUUCACAAUGAAUCCAUCAACUGAUGGUCUGAAGGAUCGUGCUGCAACGUCCCCUGCAUUGUUCAAUCGUUGUGUCCUUAACUGGUUCGGAGAUUGGUCCGACUCGGCGCUGUUCCAAGUAGGCAAAGAGUUUACCGUUCGCGUUGAUUUAGAUAAACCGUUGUGGAGUGCUCCUGACUUUUUCCCGGCUGCUUGCCCGCUUAUCAGCAACGCACCAUCGCAUCGCGACGCUGUCAUCAAUGCUUGUGUAUACGUCCAUCAGACAUUGCACAAAGCGAAUGCACGCUUGGCCAAGCGUGGUGGUCGCACAAUGGCCAUUACUCCACGUCACUAUUUGGACUUUAUACAUCACUUUGUGAAAUUGUAUUCGGAAAAACGCAGCGAUCUGGAAGAACAGCAACUGCACUUGAAUGUCGGUUUGAACAAGAUAGCGGAAACAGUGGAACAGGUUGAAGAAAUGCAAAAGUCUUUGGCCGUAAAGUCUCAGGAGUUACAGGCCAAGAAUGAAGCGGCGAAUGCCAAGCUUAAGCAAAUGUUCAAGGAUCAACAAGAGGCGGAGAAGAAGAAAGUGCAAUCACAAGAGAUUCAGCAGCAACUGGCAGAGCAGACUAUAAAAAUCGAAGAGAAACGAAAGGACGUCAUGGCAGACUUAGCCCAGGUCGAACCAGCAGUUAUUGACGCUCAAGCAGCUGUGAGUAAUAUUAAAAAGAAACAGUUGGCCGAAGUUCGUACCAUGGCCAAUCCUCCAGCACCGGUAAAGCUGGCACUAGAGUCGGUAUGUCUGCUUCUUGGUGAAGACGAUCGUGGAGGAGAUUGGAAAGCUAUCCGUGGCAUACUGGUCAAGGACAGCUUCAUUACAUCUAUAGUCAAGUUUGACACAUCACAACUAACUGACGAUGUGCGUGAGAAGAUGAAAUCUAGAUAUCUGAGCAAUCCGGACUACAACUUUGAGAAGGUGAAUCGUGCAUCGAUGGCUUGCGGUCCUAUGGUUAAAUGGGCAAUCGCUCAGGUUGAAUACGCCGACAUGUUGAAGCGCGUGGAACCGCUACGUGAUGAACUGAGCUCACUCGAACGCCAAGCCGAUACCAACAUCAAACACGGACAGGAAGUCAAGGAGCUGAUUGCCCAGCUGGAGCAGAGUAUUGCCUCCUACAAGGAAGAAUAUGCUCAACUCAUCUCGCAAGCACAGGCCAUCAAAACCGAUCUGGAGAACGUGCAGGCUAAAGUUGAUCGUUCGAUCGCACUCCUCAAGAGUUUAGUCAUCGAGCGAGAACGCUGGGAAGCUACGAGCGAAACGUUCCGUUCGCAAAUGUCUACAAUCAUUGGUGAUGUUUUGCUGUCGGCCGCAUUCAUUGCAUAUGGUGGAUAUUUCGAUCAGCACUAUCGAAGCAAUUUGUUCUCGACUUGGUGUCAACAUCUGCAGGCAGCCAGUAUUCAGUUCCGAGCGGACAUCGCACGAACCGAGUAUCUGUCCAAUCCGGAUGAAAGACUGCGCUGGCAAGCCAAUGCUCUACCAACCGAUGAUCUUUGUACGGAGAACGCGAUCAUGCUAAAACGCUUCAACCGGUACCCACUUAUUAUCGAUCCAUCUGGACAAGCCACAGAGUUUAUCAUGAACGAAUUCAGGGAUAAGAAAAUAACCAAAACGAGUUUCUUGGAUGAUUCAUUCCGUAAGAAUCUGGAAUCAGCUCUUCGUUUCGGUAAUCCUUUGCUCGUACAGGAUGUAGAAAACUAUGACCCUAUACUGAACCCAGUACUGAAUCGUGAACUGCGCCGUACUGGUGGACGUGUGCUGAUAACUCUGGGAGAUCAAGACAUCGAUUUGUCUCCAUCGUUUGUCAUUUUCUUAUCUACGCGUGAUCCAACCGUCGAAUUCCCGCCAGAUAUUUGCUCCAGAGUCACAUUUGUCAACUUCACCGUUACCAGAAGCUCACUGCAAUCACAGUGCCUCAACCAGGUGCUAAAGGCCGAACGACCUGAUAUCGACGAGAAGCGAUCAGAUUUAUUGAAACUGCAAGGAGAAUUCCACUUAAGAUUGCGUCAGUUGGAAAAGAGUUUACUACAAGCACUUAACGAUGCGAAGGGCAAGAUUUUGGACGAUGAUUCGGUCAUCACAACUCUGGAAACGUUGAAGAAGGAAGCUGCAGACAUCGGUCAAAAGGUCGAAGAAACCGAUAAGGUCAUUGGUGAAAUUGAAACCGUUUCACAGCAAUAUCUAUCUCUGUCACAAGCUUGCAGCAACAUAUACUUCACUAUGGAUAGUCUGAAUCAAGUUCACUUCCUGUACCAAUAUUCGUUAAAAAUGUUUUUGGAUAUAUUCAGCACAGUGCUGCAUAAUAAUCCUAAACUGGAAGGCAAAACUGACCACACUGGCCGUCUUUCCAUCAUUACAAACGAUCUAUACCGAGUGUGUUAUGACCGCGUUGCGCGUGGUAUGCUGCAUGCUGAUCGACUUACCUUUGCUAUACUGCUGUGCCGAAUUCAUCUCAAAGGAACUUCCGAACCGAAUCUCGACCAAGAGUUCAACUUCUUCCUCCGCAACAAGGAAGGAUUGUUCUCUUCGUCGAAUCAUGUUGAUGGCGUAAGUGCUGAGCAGCUAGAAUCCGUUACUCGUCUAUCAAGUCGGCUUCCUAUUUUCCGCAAAUUGCUAGACAAAAUUCAAUCCAUGCCCGAAUUGGCCGCUUGGUUGCAACAAGGUUCUCCAGAGCAAAACGUUCCCAAUUUGUGGGAUGAAUCAAAGGCUCUAUCUUCCAUUUCCGCAUCUAUGCAUCAACUUCUGCUUAUUCAGGCUUUCAGACCUGAUAGAGUCAUUGCCGCGGCUCACAUUUUUGUUUCCACUGUCUUGGGUGAAGACUUCAUGCCUCAGGCAGAAAAGGAACUCGACUUCUCAGCUUGCGUGGAAAAGGAACUCACUAGCAACACUCCGGCUCUACUCUGCUCUGUCACCGGCUACGAUGCUUCCUCGCGGGUAGAUGAUCUGGCCGCUGAACUAAACAAACAAAUCACAAGUAUCGCUAUUGGUUCUGCGGAAGGUUUCAAUCAAGCUGAACGAGUUAUCAACAUGGCAUGCAAAACCGGCCGUUGGGUAUUACUCAAGAACGUACAUCUCGCACCGCAAUGGCUUGUUCAGUUGGAGAAGAAACUACAUUCUUUGCAACCACAUUCAGGCUUCCGAUUGUUCCUUACCAUGGAAGUCAAUCCAAAGGUGCCAGUUAACCUACUGCGAGCUGGUCGUAUAUUUGUGUAUGAACCUCCGCCAGGCAUCCGCGCUAACUUGUUACGUACAUUCUCCACGGUGCCGGCAAGUCGCAUGAUGAAGCAGCCCAGUGAACGUGCUCGCCUCUAUUUCCUACUCUCUUGGUUCCACGCCAUCGUUCAGGAACGGUUGCGUUACGUACCGCUCGGAUGGGCUAAGAAGUACGAGUUCAAUGAAUCUGAUUUACGAGUUGCUUGCGAUACGCUAGAUACUUGGAUCGAUGCAACUGCUAUGGGUCGAACUAAUCUGCCACCGGAGAAGGUUCCCUGGGAUGCCCUGGUUACCCUACUUUCACAAAGCAUCUACGGUGGUAAAAUCGAUAACGAUUUCGAUCAACGCCUGCUUUCAUCGUUCCUUUCCAAGCUGUUCACGGCUCACAGCUUUGAGGCUGAAUUCGCCUUAGUUGCCAAUGUGGAUGGAGUGGCCGGUGGUCCUAAUGGUCAACGGCAUAUCACAAUGCCGGACGGGACACGUCGUGAUCAUUUCCUGAAGUGGAUCGAAGCAUUGGCAGAUCGUCAAACUCCGUCUUGGUUGGGAUUACCGAACAAUGCUGAGAAGGUACUGUUGACCACUCGCGGAACGGAUUUGGUCAGUAAAUUAUUGAAAAUGCAACAACUGGAAGACGACGACGAAUUGGCUUACAGUAAUGAUGAAAGUCUUGAUGCGGCUCAAACUCGGCAGGAAGACGGACGCCCAUCAUGGAUGAAGACUUUGCAUAACAGUGCUCUAACUUGGCUACAACUACUACCGAAACAAUUGCACACCUUGAAAAGAACUGUAGAGAACAUUAAAGAUCCAUUGUAUCGCUACUUUGAACGAGAAGUAUCGUCCGGAGCGAAGCUCCUACAAACCGUAGUCAGCGAUCUUCAGGAUGUGGUUUAUAUUUGUCAAGGCGAAAAGAAGCAGACCAACUACCACCGUACGAUGCUGAGCGAACUGGUUAGAGGAAUUCUCCCAGCAGGAUGGAGACGCUAUACUGUACCGGCGGGUUGUACUGUUAUUCAGUGGAUCACUGAUUUCAGCCAUAGAGUACUGCAACUGCAAAAAGUCUCCUCCCUGGUUUCACAAGCUGGUGCCAAGGAAUUACAGAGCUUCCCUGUGUGGCUAGGCGGGCUUUUCAAUCCAGAAGCGUACAUUACGGCUACUAGGCAAUGCGUAGCCCAAGCAAACAGUUGGUCAUUAGAAGAAUUGACCCUCAAUGUCACCAUCACUGAGAACGGUUCCGAUGGAUUCGACAAUCUGAAGGAUAGCAGUUUCGGUGUUUCAGGACUGAAGCUACAGGGCGCACAGUGCAAAAACAACCAACUCUUGCUGACGUCGGCUAUCAUGACCGAGUUGCCGUUGACGUUGCUUAAAUGGACUCGCAUUGACGCAGAAAGUGCUAGGGCUACGAAACUUACUCUACCAGUUUAUCUGAAUUCCACUAGAACUGAAUUGUUGUUCACCGUUGAUAUGACCGUUGCACCAGGUCAAGAUCCGCACAGCUUCUACGAGCGAGGUGUUGCAGUACUAGCUUCAACAGCUUUGAAUUAAUUAGUCAUUGUUUGACAUGCUCUUAUUUAUUUCUAUGAUAUUAAUUAUAUGCACUCAAAUAAUACUUAUUCACUGGUAAAUGGUUAAACAUUUAAUGGGAACAUAUUAUAAUCCAUGAAACAUAUAGCUGCUGUUCAACAUAUAUGCAAAACUUCAAUGAAUAAUCGUUUACUACUCUGAGUUGUUAUUAGCAGGGUAUUAAAUUUCAGUGCAAGUCAUUUAAUCUACUGAGAACAUUUUCAUGAAUUUUCUACUUUAUUUAAGCCCUUAGUACUAACACUGUUUGACAUGAUGACUAAUAUUUGUCAAGUCAGCCUGAAAUCCAUGUCGUUUUCUAAUCAGUCUGCUAGAUGUCCGGAUAAACUUGACAAAAUAUGUUUGUCAACAUGACAAACAGUGGACUGCGGACUGUAGUGUUCCCACCCACUACAGCUACUUAUCCGGUUUGAGAAUAUGUAGGAACGCUAAGAAUUAAAAUUUAGCUCCUGGAAAAAAAAAAUUGGUAGAAUAUUCAAAUGACUAUGACAUAUUACAACACUAAUACACAAAUUUAAAAAAAAAAUACAGUCCGGUUUAAAACAAUAUAGUAACAAAAAUAGGGGCGAUACACUAAUUACGUAUUAAGGAUUUUUCCUUCCUGCUUCCAUAUAAUAAAUCCACCCACCCCCCGCACUCUCUCUCUACCCCUAAGUCCUUUCGUAAUUAACGGUUAAUCAUAGUAGUUUUGCAUUUAACUUUAUCAUAUACAAAUAAAACGUGCUUAAUGUGCUACUA